UAUAAGCGCGAAUUUUAAAGUCCUAGGCUCUCCCGUUAUUUCACAAUUCCUAUUGAAGUAGUAGAAAAAAAAAAAAAAGAUGAGAGAUUUUGAGGGCUCAAAUGGCCUCCGGAGAUGGCACGAGGCCGGCGACGAAUCCGCGCCGUCCACCGACGCCCGAAUCGUGACGUCGGACGGCGAAAGCAUCCCCGCUCAUUCCAGCGUCCUGGCCUCGGCAUCGCCGGUGUUGGAUCGGAUGCUCGACAAGUCGCAGAAGAAUUGUAUGUUGGAGAGAACCAUCCAUAUAUUGGGCGUCCCCUGCGACGCCGUUCUCGCUUUUGUUCAGCUUCUCUACUCCUCAGGGACGUCGGUAUCAUCACGAGACAUAGAAGAGGCGAUCGAGAACCACGGCGCGGCGCUGCUAGUGCUGUCGCACGUGUACCGCGUGGAGUGGCUGAAGAAGGAGGCUGAGAGCGGGACGGCGGCGCGGCUGACAGCAGAGAGGGUGGUGGACAUGCUGAAACUGGCAAAGUUAUGCGACGCGCCGAAGCUGUACCUGCGGUGCAUGCGGCUGGCAGCAAAGGACUUCGGGGCAGUGCAGCAGUCCGAGGCCUGGCGGUUCCUCCAGCUGCACGACCCCGCGGUCGAGCGCGAGAUCUUGCAGUUCUUAGAAGAGACUGAUCAGAGAGAGCGAAGGUGGAGAAGGACGAAAGAAGCCCAGGAAGUGUACCACCAACUCAACGAAGCAAUGGAAUGCUUGCACCAAAUUUGCAGCGAGGGCUGCACCAACGUGGGGCCCAACGACGCUCGGCGCGGGGUCCCAUCGAGUCGUCGACCCUGCGCCCAGGUCCGCACGUGCGAGGGGCUGCGGCAGCUGAUACGCCACUUCGCGGCAUGCGGCAGGAAGUCCACGGACGGGGGCUGCCCGCACUGCAGGCGGAUGCUGCAGCUCUUCCGGCUGCACUCUUCUCUCUGCCAUCGGCGCCACUCUUGCAGUGUCCCCUUUUGCAGCCAAUUCAAGUCGAGGAUGCAAAAGGAGGGUAAAGAAGAUGUGACAUGGAGGCUGCUAGUGAAGAAGGUAAUUGUUGCUAGAGUAAUGUCUGGCUUCGCCACAAGGAAGGUACCAGAAGACAACAACACUCUGAGGGCAGGAUUAAGAUCCAGAGGAGGCAACAAACGGAAUCUUAAUUAAUCCCAAACACAGCCUUGUAUGCUUUCACUUCUCAUAUGAAGGGUACGGCUCAGAAUUAUUAUUAUUAUUUUUUAAAAGAUAGAUAGCAUGUUAUCCACUUUGUUUAUUUUUUUAAAAAAUAAACUUAGUUGGAAAUGUAAAUCAACUAAGAUUCGAA